GUUUAUCCAACGAGAUUAUCAUUUCGUGUCAAUCCAGUAUAUGCACAAAUGUCGGAAAUCGUUGAUGGUUUAUUUAUUUCUGGUAUAAGCGGUUUGCGAACAACAAAAAUUCACGAAAAAGGAAUCACACAUAUUAUUAAUGCCACAAGUGAGGUGCCAAAUUUAAAAGCACUUGGAAAUAUCGAAAGAACCAAAUUAUGGUUAGAAAAUACUCCGCAAACUUAUAUCUAUCCGCAUCUCGAAUUACUUAGUGAUCAAAUCGAAGCAAUUAUCCACGAUGGCGGCAAAGUUUUAGUCCAUUGCGUUUGCGGUACUUCUCGUUCACCAACUAUUGGUCUCGCUUUUUUAACUAAGCAUAGAUGCAGAACAUUACGUGAUGCAUAUUGCUUGAUGAGCAGAAAGCAUCCUAUAGUGCAACCAAAUAUAGGAUUUUGGAAACAGUUGAUAACUUUUGAAAAGGCUUGA